AUGUCGACAGACUACAAGUUCCAAGGCUGGCUCGGCCUGGAUCCCGAGUCGGUCAAGGGCAAGAUGGUGUGGCAGGAAUACGAGCCCAAGCCAUUCGACGACAACGACGUCGACAUCAAGAUCACGCACUGCGGCAUCUGCGGCUCCGACAUCCACACCCUACGGUCCGGCUGGGGGGCGUCCGACUAUCCCGUGUGCGUGGGCCACGAGAUUGUCGGCCACGCGGUGCGGGUGGGCUCCAAGGUGAAGGGGAUCAAAGUGGGCGACCGCGUCGGCGUAGGCGCCCAGUCCGGCUCGUGUCUGAACCAGCAUGGCGACUGUGAGGCCUGCGCCGACGGGCUCGAACAGCACUGCCCCAAGAACGUCGGCACCUACAACUCCCGCUGGCCCGACGGCAGCAAGGCCUACGGCGGGUAUGCCGACUACUGGCGCGGCAGUGCCGAGUUUGUGCUCAAGAUCCCCGACGCCAUCCCGUCCGACGAAGCCGCCCCGAUGCUGUGUGGUGGCAUCACCGCCUUCAGUCCUCUAACUCAGCAUGGCGCCGGGCCCGGGAAGAAGGUCGGCAUCGUCGGCAUCGGUGGCCUGGGUCACUUUGGCAUCAUGGGCGCCAAAGCCCUCGGGUGCGACAAGAUCGUCGCCAUUUCGCGCACCUCGGGCAAAAAAGACGAUGCGCUGAAGAUGGGUGCCACCGACUUCAUCGCCACCGACGAGUCCGACUCCUGGGCCGCUGACCAUGCUGGUUCUCUGGACCUGAUUGUGUCGACGGUCUCGUCGCCCAAAAUGCCCCUUCCACAGUACCUCCAGCUGCUGAAAUUGAACGGCGUUUUUGUCCAAGUCGGCGCCCCCGAGGACAUCGUGCCGGGCUUCAACAUGUUUGCUCUGAUUGCCAAGCGGGUCACCAUCACCGGCAGUAUGAUCGGGUCGCCCAAGGAAAUCCAGCAGAUGCUCGACCUGUUCGCCGAGAAGGGCGUGCAUACGUGGAACAACAAUGUCCCCAUGACCGAAGCCAACAAGGCCGUGGUUGACAUGGUCGAUGGCAAGGCCCGCUAUCGUUAUGUGCUGGUCAACGAAAAGCACCUGAAGUAA